AUGACGAUGAAAGGCCCUGAAGACUACCGCACCAUCAGGUUGGAGCCAGGGAUCAUCCGAUGCCACCGGGCGGAGGCCUGGCACUCUGGGCGUUGGAAGCCGCCUGUGGGAGCCACAUGGAGUUUCAACUUCGCCCUGGCGGUUGAGAAGACCGCCAACUGCUUUGUGAAUGUGGGUCUGGUGGAGUGGCUGGCAGCACGACAGGAGAGCGAGGGCACGGUGAAUGACGAGAGUUUGGCUGAGGUUUUGAAGGUGAAAUCUGAAGCUGAGGACAAUGUUCCGGGCGGAUGGCUACCUGAGCAGCACGUGCACGAGAAUCCAAAGCAGAUGAUGUUGGGCUGCAGGAAGGGCGUGCAGUGGUUUGGCAACGCGGCCAAAGUCCCAUUGUUCCAGGAUAACAUCAUGGAAGGCUCACUGCUUCGAUUUCGCUGUGACUACCAUUUGAAUCGACAGGGAGACAUCGCGCAGGUGAAGAUUUGGUUUUUGCCUUCGCCAGUGACUUUUGAGUACGGCGGCCAACACACCAUCACGGAGGCGGACAUGUGGUUUGAGCCUCUGGCACAAUGGUGGGAACCACGGUGCCAAGACAGGAAGAUGCGCUCGCUGUGGGUGCCAGCGGUCACGAUGUAUACCUGUGAGGACGUCGUCACAGUACCUGAUGCGUUGGUGCGAUGGUUAUGA